GUAACAGCGGGACCUUAUACGAAACAUGGUCUUUACAUAGGGUGUCCUUCAGCAGCAGCACCUCCAAAUUAGUCCCAAAAACAAAGUAGGCAUUCUUUUGUCUCAGACAGAUGCAGUACGUAAAGCCUUUACACUUGUUCCAAAAUCUUCUCAAAGCACAUGCAUUGGAACGAGGCCGGCUGCUUGGUUUAGAUGUUGGUGAUAAGUAUGUUGGAUUAGCUGUCUCUGACCUCGAUAAUAAAAUCGCAUCACCUCUAAGUGUUUUGAUUCGGAAGAAGAUAAAUAUUGAUCUAAUGGCUAGUGAUUUUCAAAGCCUGAUUUCUGAACUCUCUGUGGUAGGCUUCAUAGUUGGCUAUCCAUUUGACAGACGACGACUCGCUCCCAAUGCUUCACAAGUGAAGCUAUUCAUUGAUGACCUCUCAGAAAAAGGAAAACUUGAUGGGUUAAAGUAUACGUUCUGGGAUGAGUGCUUUACAUCAAAGAAUGUGGAAUUGCUGCUAAAGCCUUUGAGUUUGCAUCCAAUACUAGCGAAAACUAUAGUUGAUGAGUUUGCUGCUGUUCAGAUUCUUCAGGCAUACCUGGAUUACACGAACAAGAAUGAGAGUCGAAAACAGAUAGGUGAGAUGUAACCUGAUUUGAAUACGCUUACCAGUUCUAUCAUCUGGUUUAUACCAGGAUUGUAGCUUUGCAAAUGAAAAUACUGACGGUGUUUGGCAUUGCCAACACUCCAACAAACAGCUUUCAGCCUUGUAAAAGUAAUGGUUACACAUACCGCUGUUAAUUUUAUUGUAGUACAUUAACGUUAUGCAUGAUUGUUGGUUAUAAUUUAGACAGACAUAAGAUUUUGGUGA